UCUGGCGGUGCGUUCCUCAGACUUCCUCACACUUCAUGAUGGAUUAUCAGAGAGCUCUCGUUCCUCUGCUGCUGUGCUCGUGCCUCUUCACAGGUCUGUGUGGCGGAUACAACUUUGAUACUAAAAACAUCCGGAUCUUCGAGGGCUCCAGGGACACACAGUUUGGGUACACGGUGCAGCAGCACGAGGCGGGUGGCAGGAAAUGGCUGCUGGUGGGGGCCCCCUUCGAGUCCACUGGGAAAAAACAGACCGGAGAUGUGUUCAGGUGCCCUCUGGACGUCAGGAAUAAUGUGAACUGCUCCAGACUCAACCUGGGUAAACUGUCGCUGGAUAACGUGUCGGAGAGGAAGGACGGGAUGAGGCUGGGCAUGAGUCUCACCUCCAACCCCAGAGACAGCAGCUUUGUGACGUGUGGUCCUCUCUGGUCUCAUGAGUGCGGGAGCUCCCUCUACAGCACCGGCAUCUGCACACGCGUCGGACGCAACUUCAGGCUCUCGCACACCAUCGCCCCCGCUCUGCAGAGGUGUGAGACGUUCAUGGACAUCGUGAUCGUGUUGGAUGGCUCAAAUUCCAUCUACCCCUGGUACGAGGUGCAGGACUUCCUCAUCAACGUCCUGCAAAAGUUCUACAUCGGCCCAGGUCAGACUCAGGUCGGGGUGGUGCAGUACGGCUCGUCUGUGGUGCAUGAGUUCAGUUUGGGGGAGUACCUCACGGUGGAGGAUGUGGUGGAGGCAGCUCGGAGCAUCGACCAGAGAGGAGGAGAGGAGACCAGGACGGCUCUGGGAAUCAACGUGGCCCGGAGAGAGGCGUUUAAGAGAGGAGGACGUCCUGGAGCCAAGAAGGUGAUGAUCGUGAUCACAGACGGAGAGUCACACGACAGCCCCGACCUGAAGGAGGCAGUGGGCCAGAGUGAGAGGGACAACAUCACGCUCUACGCCAUCGCCGUCCUGGGCUCCUACAAUCGCAGAGGCAUAAACCCAGAGGCCUUCCUCAAGGAGAUCAAGUUCAUCGCCAGUGACCCAGAUGAGCAGCACUUCUUCAACGUGACGGACGAGUCUGCGCUCAAGGACAUUGUGGACGCGCUGGGAGAGAGGAUCUUCAGUCUGGAGGGUACGAGCAGUCAGGGCCGGGGCUUCGGUUUGCAGAUGGCUCAGGCUGGAUUCUCCUCUCACGUCGUCAAAGAUGGCGUUCUUCUGGGAGCAGUGGGGGCGUACGACUGGACCGGAGCUGUUUUAAAGGAAACCAAACAGGGCAAAGUGGUGCCUCCAAAGUCCUCCUAUCAGGAUGAGUUUCCAGAAGAACUCAAGAACCAUGGAGCCUAUCUGGGUUACUCUUUGGGCUCUCUCUCCUCCGCUCACGCCUCUCAGGUGUAUGUGGCUGGAGCUCCUCGGUUUAACCACACGGGGAAAGUCCUCAUCUUCACCUUGAAAAACACCGGGAACCUCAGCAUCCUGCACUCACUCCCCGGAGAACAGAUCGGGUCAUACUUUGGGAGUGUCCUGUUGUCUGUGGACAUAGACAGUGAUGGACAGACAGACGUGCUGCUCGUGUCUGCACCCAUGUUUUACAGCGAGGGCUGGGAGCAGGGCAAGGUCUACGUCUACAGCGUUAACAAUAAGUUGUCGUUCAGCCUGCAGGGGGCGCUGGGGCCCUCGGGUCUUUCCCAUAACUCCCGGUUUGGCACCGCUCUGUCUGAUCUGCCCGACAUGAACGGAGACGGCUUUAAGGAGCUGGUGGUGGGCGCGCCGCUAGAGGACGAACACCAGGGGGCAGUGUAUGUGUUCCAUGGACAGGACAAGUCCAUCCAGCCUCAGGUCAAACAGAGGAUUGCAGCUUCUGGUUUCCGCUCCAGCCUUCAGUAUUUUGGUCAGAGUCUUCAUGGAGUCCUGGACCUGAACUCAGACGGGCUGGUGGACCUGUCUGUGGGCGCUCUGGGGGCCGCGGUCAUCAUCUGGUCUCGAGGCGUGGUGCGUAUCAAGGCGCGUUUGACCUUUGAACCCGAGAAGGUGAACCUGUUUAACAAAGACUGUGUGCGCGGGGGUCGGGAGGUCACCUGUAUGUCUGCCAUUGUGUGUCUGAGUCUGGAGGCCCGCACCAGCAGCCCCGCCCGCACUGAUGUGGCGGGCUGGUACAGUCUGGUGUUGGAUGAGAAGAGGUUUCCUCCCAGAGCCGUUCUGGAUGAAUCGUCUCGCACUCAACCGCGUAACCUCACUCUGACCACCGGAGGGCAGCGCUGUCAGAGACUGGGCUUCUCUGUACACGAAACAGGAGAUUAUGGGCGUCCGAUUGCAGUGGUGCUGGAGACAGGGUUGAGAAACAAAGAGGAAGGAGCCAUUUUGGAUCCAGACUGGCCCACAGCUCUGAGGACUGAGCUGCCCUUCUGGAACGGCUGUGAGCAGGAGGACAGCUGUGUACCAGACCUGAUCUUACACAGCCACACGGACCUCCCCACUCUGCAUGAGUUCUGCAGCUCCGUGGAGGGGGCGCUGUGGUCCGUGUGUCACCAGCAGGGGGCGUCAGAUGAGCAGCAGUAUGUGAUGGAGUCUGGGAGGAGGAAGGUGGUGGUGGUGGCUCAUGUUGAGAAUCAUGGAGAAAACGCAUACGGAGCCACUCUUCACAUCACCGCGUCUGAAAACCUCAUCUUCAACAGCCUCAUCGUCAAGGACCAGUCAGACAUUCAGAUCGAGUGCUCCUCUGAGGACAGACUGACCAGCAGGAGGAGCUGUAACAUCAGCGCUCCCUUCAUGAAGUCUCUGUCACAGGUCUCCUUUAAUGUGGAAUUUGAGCUCAAUCGAUCUGUGUUUCUGGAGCACAUACGAAUCGUCAUGACAACCACCAGUGAUGGAGAGGACGGGUUUCCAGAUGACAACAUCAACGAAAUCUUCCUCCCUUUGAAAUACCAAACCAAUCUUCUGUUCACCAGAGACACUAAUCCUCCUCGAUUUGAGAUCAAACCUUUGUCUUCACUGGACAAAACGGACCACACUUUCAACCUCACCUAUUACUUACAGAACCUGGGUGUGUUCCCGGUGGAGGGGCUGUUGUUCAGGGCAGAAGUUUGGUCAGUGACUCCACAGAGGAACCAGCUCGUCCAUGUGACAGAUUACUCUAUAGAACAGGCCCCUGGGUCGUGUUCCAUGCCUCAAGUGACACUCAACAGUCACGUCAAAGAAGAGGAUCUGACUCGCUUUCCUCAGCUGAAUCGCAGUAACAGUGGCAGUGUGGGCAUCCAGUGCACAGUGACUCUACCUGUGUCCAAAGAAGUGAGGAUCUCAAUAUCAGGACGACUCAACUCCACGGCCCUGAGCAAGAUCGGGUUUAAAUCUCUGAAGAUUCUGGCGACUGCUUCGAUCCAGCUCGAGUCGACCAGCCUGAUGUUUCUGCAGGAGGAGCGGCCGGUCAGAGAGAUCGUGCUGGAGUUGAGGAGAGAGGAGGAGCACUCCAUCCCCGUGUGGAUCAUCGUGGGCAGUACUCUGGGGGGUCUGCUGCUCCUCGCUCUGCUCGUGCUCGCUCUCUGGAAGCUUGGCUUCUUCAACAGACGAAGACGAAAGGAAGAGGAAGAGGAGCCUAUGUCCAACGGGAAAUCAUCAGAGGAGCUUUAACAGCGCCACCACAUGGAGUAAAUGGACAGUGCAUUUAUUUGACCCUCGUCUCGUCCACGUCACGCACACAUGAGCUCUUACGGUCCGUGUCCAGCAGCAGAGGACUGUUAGGGAACUAACUAUCUCGUCUAUGAGAGGUUCUUAUGAAGAGUGAAGUGCAACUCACUCAGGGACCCUCUAAGCCCCGCCCCCUUCAUAAAACCAGCCAAUCACACAUAGCCAUACACCUUUUGAAUUGUUUCUUGUAUUGUAUUAUUCACACAUUUCAAAUAUCGAACACUUUAACCUUGGCAUUAUCUGAACAAUGACUGAAAAUGAGUCUAUACAAAAUGAGUCCAUGUAAAAGGUCCAGCAGAGGGCGCUAGGACUACAUCUGUAUAAUGAAAAGUGAAGCUGUUAGUAUGAAAUUAAAAGCAAUGUAGCAAGCAUAAAACUGCACAGUGAAGGCAGUGAGUAGGGCAGUACAGGUCUGCUACAUGUGUAUGGACUUUAAAAAAAAGAAUGUUAUUACUUUAUAAAGAUCGAAACUUUGACGGCAGCAGGAGUCACUCACGUCCUGCCGGUAUGUUACAGUGAAGUGAACACUACCUAAAGGGCUGCCUUUGUAAUUAUUUCCAGAGCUGAUGGGGAUUGUAAAGUAUUUUAAUGUAUUGUACAUGCUGUGUAGUAUCUGAUGCACUUUUGUUGUAUAAACUUGAACUCUUGUAAAUACACAAACGGAUGGAGCCAGUGUUCUUGUGCUUCGAAAUAAUGUGAGAUGCCAUUAUGACUGAUGGACUUUAAUAUUAAAUCUACUAUUCAAAUACGA